UCGUACGUCUAUCAUCCUCUCCUUCUUUCUCCCCCUCUCAUUUAGCCUUCUUUCCCUUUCAUUCCUCCCCUUCAUUCUCUCUUACGUAAACACUAUCCAUUUCUCAUCUCCCUUCUAUUUUCUUACAUCCCUACCUUUCAUUUCUCCCUCUGUUUCCUUUCCUUCUCUCAUCUUACUUUUACUCUAUCUUUCCCUUCCCCUCUCAAAUACAAUGCUAUGAUUCUCAAGUCCCUCUCACCUCAUCUCAUCUUACCUUUUUACUUUCAUGCUUCUCAUCCCACCUCCUCCUCCUUUAUUACCAUCACUCAACAACAUGCAGCAGCAGUAUUCAUUGUACCAAGGGAAGCUAACGGUGUAAAGUGAAUCCAUGUAACCUAAGUGUACUUGGUACGUCUUCAUAGCAACGGCUGAGACAGAGCUGUUGUAACAUUUUACCUUUCUUAACACAGUAUCGCAUCAGAAUAUUUAUUAUACCAUUUCAAAGUAGAAGACACACAGACACUCACACAACAAAAAAUUCUAAUCAGUUCUUUAAUAUUUUCUCUUUCAUUCAUCUGCAGUUUAUAAAAUAAGUACAGUGAUAUGCUAAAAUGUAUAGUCUUGUUUCUAUAUUAGAAAUCAUAAUUAUUAACAAGUAAAUAGAUUGACAGCAAAUCUAAAGUAGCGAACGAAAACAAAAAUGCUUGGCGGCAUUUAAAUACGUUCCCAGUUGAAAUUCCAUCAGGGUCGACUUCACCUUUAUCUUUCACUUUGGGGCAGUCGGUAAAAUGACGUUGCGAGUCGAUUUAAUCUUCUACAACACACCUUUCCCAAAGUGCGUGGCUUUUUGUACCGUUAUGUAAGAUAUUGGUAAGUGAAGCCCGGUUUUCGAUGCUUAAAUCACACAGUCUUAUGUUUGUGUUGUUUCUCUGUAAAAAGAAAGCUGGGGACGUCGCACCUUGUCGACCAUGCUUGGCCAUUCUCCAAUAACAAAAGAUGUUAGCAAGUAGAGAGGAAGGAGGAUGAGAAGACGCAGCAGCAGCGAAAGACGAAUAACGUUAAAGAAAUAACGGAUUGUAUAUUUAUUUCUCUGCUCUCUUGAUUUUGCUAUUUGGUUCUCGUUUUGUGAUGCAUGUAAUUUACGAAGAUUGGCUGUAUAAAAAGAAAAGAUCUGAAGAAAGACAGAAUCAUAUAUAUUUUUAAAAAUCGAAAACAUUUCGUUGAAGAUGCUGUGAUGCUGGUGACAGCUUCGAGUUUUGUCCGAUGGAAGUUUUAAGUUUGCUGGUGGUGCUGAAGCGAAAACAAACAAAGAAGCUUAGAGGUGAUCCUUUGUGUUGUUGUCGUUCUGUCGUCUCUUCAAAUUAACUGAGUAAAGGAAUGAAUGAACGGUUUCUUUGAUCAAUCGGCGAGGUUGGCAUUCUAAGAAAAAAUAAUAAUAAUAAUAAUAAUAAUAAUAAAUAUGUCCACCCAAACAAUGAACGAUUGUACCAUGUCUGACUACUACAACAGUAACAACAAUUACGAUGUCAAUGACCCGAGUCCAGCUUAUAUGAUGCCACCACCAACACCACCGCCGCCUCCGUCACCACCUCCACUACCGACCACUACUUCGACAACAUUAAAUUGUCGUACAUCAUCGACAUCAACAACAGCAGCGACAACAACAAAUAGUAAUUCGAACACUAGCAACGUCUGUCGUGCCAUCGGACGGGGCAGAUGUUGUCGCGACAGUUGCAGUCAAAGAUGCCGCGGAUGGAAAAUCGAAGAACCUGGCGGACCGAAACUCUGGCGACAAAUGGUCAUCGGGUUUGUGAGUGCCGCUUGUGUUGGACUUAUCAUGUUCUCGUUAGGGAGUAUCUUUAUUUCUGAGGCUGUUCGGUCACGUAUAUCUAUCACUAUUAUGCUCUGUAUCAUGGGAAUGGUAUGUGGUGCCAUUAUACUGGUUGGUGUUGUGAUCCUAGGAAAAUUGUUUAUAUCUCGGGACCUGAGACGGCCUCCACAACCUACACAUGCCUGUUUUCAAACUUGUUCUGUGGUUUACACACACUCUCAAGACCAAAUUAGCCCGGUGUUUAUGGAUCCUCCUCCAGCCUACGACACAAUAGCUUACGAACCGCAUCCAAAUAUUGGCUUAAUCGACCUAGGACGUUCUACCACGUCGGACACUAUUCUCACCACUGUGGACAUUCACCGUGACGGCAGGGCUGUUAUCUUGCAACCUCCCAAGUAUUCUGAUGUAGCCACACCGUUGCCUUCCUAUGAAUCGGUCACUGCUGAGUGACAUUGCAGCCUUCAUACACCUCUCUUUUUCUUUUCUUUUCUUUUUUAUUUUCAUAAAUUAUUAUCAUUAUCAUUAUUAUAUAAGGUAAUGAGCUGGCAGAAUUGUGGCAUAUCUUUUGGCUUCAUGUUUCUGAGUUCAAAUUCUGCCAAAGUCAGCUUUGCCUUUCAUCCUAUUGGGGUUGAUGAAAUAAGUACCAGUUGAACACUGGAGUUUAUCUCAUCGAUUUACCCUCUCCCUAAAUACGCUGGCCUGGUGCCAAAAAAUAAGAAAGCAUUUUUUUGUUUUUUUCUUUUUUCACAUUGCCACAAUCAAUACUGACACGCACAGUUUUCAGUGAAGUAAAAAAAAAAAAAAAACAAACACAAAGGCAAAACAUUAGCAAAACAAAAACAAACCUUUUUUUUUAUUUAAAUUUUAUAAUUUAUUAUAAUUUAUUAGCAUCAGUACCAAAUAACAACCACCUCUUUUCAAAAUUGCUGGCCUUGUGCCAAGACAGUUUUGAUACCAUCAUCAUUAUCAUCAUCAUUAUUAUCAUCCAAAUUAUCAUCAUCAUCAUCAUCAUCAUCAUCAUCAUCAUCAUUAAGAUGUUUCAAAACGGUUUCAUGCCAGAUUCUACUUAUUAUUUUCUAUUGUCCAUUCCGCAGGAGUAGUUUCGUUUAGACAAAACCAAAGGAGAAGCUGCCAUAUUAUUCACAGACUCACAACUAAUCUAGCAGGAAAUAUCUUUUAGAACACAAACUCUAUCCAACC